GUUCCGAGUACACCGAGUUCACCCUGAGCAAGGAUGAAUUCGGGCCGGGCAUGGAAGAGGUUCUCGCGAUGAAGCUCAUGACGUUGAUGACAGCGAAGGGCUGGAGCGACCCCAUGGAGCUGAUGAUGGCGUGCAGCGAUGGCAGCAAGAGCUUCGAUCCGGAGCCCAAGGUUCACAGCGCCAAAGGCGAUGAGAUUGGACCAAUGGAGUUUAUGAGCCUCGAUCCACACGAUGAUUCGAUCUUUCCCAUCUCCUUCAAGUUCAAGGUGCCGUGCAAGGAGGAAUCGGCGCCAGAGCCGGUGAUUCCGGCGGUGGCUGAGAAGACCGAUGCGGAAGAGCAUGGGGCAGACAAGGAGGAAGACAAGGAAGAAGACAAGGAGGAAGAGCACGAGGAGAACGAGGAGGAGCACGAUGGCAAAGAGGACUGA